AAUAUUUUUUGCUAAUUUUUUUCUACUUAAAUUUUUACCCCGACAAUUGCCUUUUCAGAAAGCGCGAUCCUCUCCGCGCCCAAUUAAUUUCUCCACAACACAAAGAAAGGCAAUCCCUCUCUCUCUUGCGAAGGUUAGAUAACACCAUUUUUUUCGUCAUUAUCCUUGAUCCUUUUGGCCUCGUUUCCCCUCAAUUGUUUUAUGCAAGAGCAAAGUGUUACCGUUCGGGCUUCGCCGUGCUGUCCUAGCGUUUAGCUGCAGUAUUUGCGCCUUCUUCACUUAAUUGGAAGUGAUUUCUCUUUCGAUUUUGACGAUCCAACAUGAUUCGGGCGGUAUUGGUGAUGAACACGCAGGGCAAGCCUCGUGUUGCCAAAUUUUAUGAGUUUCAGCCUGUGGAGAAGCAACAGGAGUUGAUGCGAAAUGUAUAUGGAGCAUUAUGUAGCCGAGCCGAAAAUGUCAGCAACUUUAUUGAAGCUGAUGCAAUCUUUGGCCCGGGCACCAGAUUGGUCUACAAGCACUACGCAACCCUCUACUUUGUCUUUAUUUUUGAUAGCUGUGAAAAUGAGCUUGCUAUGCUUGACCUUAUACAAGUGCUUGUGGAGACUCUAGACAAGUGCUUCAAGAAUGUCUGUGAACUCGACAUUGUGUUCAAUUUCAAGAAGUUACAUACUAUUUUGGAUGAAAUCAUUCUCGGAGGCCAGGUGCUGGAAACAAGUUCCUCUGAAAUCAUGAAGGCUGUUGAAGAAAUAUCCAGGGCGGAACGAUCUUCAAAUGCAGUUGCCUUUUUGUCAAAGUCACCUUCCAGUUGGAUUGGAAAAUAGACACCAAAGGAGGAACUUCUCCUGGGUACUGGUGCGUCAUGUUGGCAGCUGUGCAGUGACAAGAUUGGUCAUUUAUUGGUGCCAAAUAUCUUUUUAAAGCAAAUGAGAAUCUGGUUUGGGUGCUGCUAUAAUUUUUACGAUGUUCCUGCCGGAGACAUAUACACCUGAAACUGAAAAUUUUCUUGUCAGUGCAGUGUCCAAUUAAAGACGUGAAGUCAGAUGAAAGUAUGUCUAGAAUGAGUUCAGGGAAUUUGAUGAGAUGGAAGGUGACUAAAUUUGAUAUAAUGUCUGUGAGCAGAAGGGUGAUCCGUCGAGGUGUGGGUGCAUAGGUGAUUGUGUUGAUCUGUGGGAAUAGUGCUGCUUAUUGCUAGAUAUGCUCAAGAUUGUGGAGGCAUUUCACGAUGCUGAAAAUAUGGCUCUGGAACAAAGUUUUUCGGGUGUUUAUCUGGUUCAUAUUGGUUAAAUCACAUAUUUUUGGUGCUUCAUUCUGAAAUCUCUUCCGCGUUAUGAAUUUGAGCAUUUUGAUUGGGAAUCUGUAACUCCCUGUAGUUUGUUUUUCGUCAUAGUGACUGAUUGCGAACACCAUACUGAAGCAAAACCGCUUGCUGCUCUU